UAGCAGUUGGAGCGUGUAAAACGAUCUACAUCGUGACCGGAAAGCCGUAGAUAUGAUAAUCAGGACUGGGACGGUCUUGAGUAGAGUUUCUGAAAGCCAGUUCUUAGUGGACACGGUACGUCGGCAUCUAGGUAUCUGGAGCACAGCUUUCCUUUAAUAAGGACGCCUUUAAUUGCUGUUGACUACAUUCAGUAGGACUACGUUAAAAAGUUAAAUUGUCUCACUACAGUGACAAGAUCAAACGAUUCAUCCGUAAAAUAAAUGUACCUUAAAAAGUGCUAAACACGAGGAAACCUGUUCUAAAAUUUAGUACAUCAAUGGACCGUGACCUCAUUCACGAUUUUAAGAAAAAAAUUCAUAUUUAUUUGUAAUAUACUAAAAAGUGGUUUAUGUGUUCUAGUUCUCUAAACAACUGAUAAGUAUCGUGUAACUUGUAAUCAUCCUAAAUCGUGAGUUUGUAAAAGAUCGUGGUAUGAAAAUAUUCAACGCAAAGUCGUGCAGAUGAUGCCAGAAGUGAUUUUAUAACAGAAGGAUCAGAAUUUUAUGAAAAAUGAUCCAAAUUGCGCUUUGGUUGCUGGUCGGGCUCCUGUUCACCUGGUUGCUUGUGAACUACCUCAGUAAAGUGGUCGCCGCUUUACGGGAGAUCAUUUUUCCGUUAAUCGAUUCCAAACCAGUCGAUCUCCAGGCAAAAUUUGGCAACUGGGCAGUUGUGACUGGAUCCACCGAUGGGAUCGGUAAAGCUUAUGCAAAAGAGCUGGCCACGAGGGGAAUAAAUCUGGUAUUGAUCAGCCGGACGUUCGAGAAAUUAGAGAAAACGAAAUACGAAAUCCUGGAAGAGAACCCGGCGAUCGAGGUGAAGGUAAUCGUCGCGGAUUUCAGCAAAGGAAGAGAGAUCUUCGAGAAACUCGCGGAGCAAUUGAAAGAUAUUCCAGUUGGUAUCUUAGUGAACAAUGUGGGCAUGAUGUAUGAUUAUCCGAUGUACGUGGGCGAGGUACCGGAGGACGUGUUAUGGAGCAUGAUCAACAUUAACAUUGGAGCAACCACGAUGAUGACGCGAAUGGUCAUCGGCGAAAUGCAGAAACGUGGAAAGGGUGCGAUCGUGAACGUGGCAUCCGGUUCAGAAUUGCAGCCGCUGCCGCUGAUGACCGUGUAUGCUGCGAGCAAGGUUUACGUAAGAAGUUUCACUGAGGCGCUCAGAGCCGAAUACUCCAGAUUCGGAUUAACUAUACAACAUUUGGCCCCAUUCUACGUUAACACAAAAAUGAAUGCAUACAGUGAUCGGCUACAGAUAACUAACGUGUUCGUGCCUGAUGCUACGACGUACGCUAAAAACGCAAUUAGCACACUUGGCAAGUUGGACUCAAGCACAGGCUACUGGAGCCAUGGGAUUCAAAGAGUCCUGACAUUAAUUGCGCCAGAGGAUAUAAGGGUCAAGAUAGGAUUGUUUUUAAACAAAACAUUUAGGCAAGAUUAUUUCAAACAAAAAGCAAAUAACUGAGUGUUGAACAACAUUUAUUGUUAUUAUUGUCAAAUGUUGUUAAUUAAAUAAGUCAUAAAUACUUCAUUAUGUUGUAUAAUACUAGUUCUUUCUAAUAAAACCUUAGUUGUUUUUUACACGA